ACUCCUCUCCAAUCUCCACAUAGCCCUAAUUUCUUCUUUUCCCCAAUUUCAUCUCAACGAUUCGGCGCUGCAACAUCGCAAUUUCGGCAACUCAGAAUCAAUCUUAAAUUCAAAUCUGCAACGUUCCAGCCAUAUCUCAUCAUCGCUCUUCCGUUGAAUAUUCUCUCUUUAGCAGUGGUUCACGAUUUCUCCUCAAUGACGGUCGCACCUAUUUUUCACGUUUUAGCAUCUAACUUGUUUGAAAUGGGGUUUUGGGUCUCUUUAUAUCCAUUUUAUGCUUUGAUGCUUUUGACAUUGGUUCCUAAGUUAAACUUGCGGGGUUUGUUUGGAUGUUUGCAUGUUUAAGUAUCAAUUUUACAGCAAUAGAGUUCCUUAUUUGUUCAUGUGUUCAAACUUUAAAUCAAUGGUGUUAUUUUAUUAAAGACUAGUUCGUUUUUGGUUUUAAUGCAGUGUGAAAUUAAACCUUUCAAGUCUUAUCAAGAGAGCUUCAACAUACAUUACUGUUAAACAAACGUCUUGUCUUCUACUUAUGGAAAUCAACCAUUUUUCUUCAACUCAUGAUUCUCUAGAACAAGUUAUGUUCCAAAACAAACAACAUAGCUUCUCUGAAAUGGGACCGUUGGAAGAGACUAACAAUCCUCCAACAAAGGAGAAUGAAAAAGUAUCAAACUUGUUCAACAAUCAAGAAUUCGAAGUUGGUAAGUUCAUCUUAGAAGAUACCAACUUCGACCCUUUUCAAGAAACUACAUCAACAUGGCCGAAGAAUCAUAAUCACAAAGCUUCAACUCCAAAACCUUUACAAAACAAUACUCAGAUGCCGCUAUCUUUAUCGUCGUUAGAGAUUCUGAGAAACCAUGGAAGAAGAUUCAUGAAGGUAAGUGACAAAAACAUAGUCAAUACUAAAACAUGUUUGGAUUUGGAUCAACAUCAAAAGAUGUCAACAGAAGGAAUAAUAAGAGUAGCUGGAGCAAGGUAUACUCAAUACUCUUCUUCUCAUUGGAGUGAAAGCUCUUGCAUCCAAACACACCCUUAUGGAUUUGAUCUUCAUGGUUUAUCUGAGGAAGACUGUAGAGAUAUUGAACUUGCACAGUUUCUGUUUUCAGCUGCUGAAAGGGUGAGUUUUCAACAAUACGAACGUGCGAAAAAGUUACUUUUUUACUGUCAAUGGAACUCAUCUUUCACGGGAAACUCGGUUCAAAGAAUCGUCUUUCAUUUUGCACAAGCACUUCAAGAGAGAAUAGAGAAAGAAACGGGAGGAAUGAUUAAAGGGUCGGGGAAAAAUGAAGAAAGUGAGUUACUUGAGAAGAUGGAUACAAAAAAAGCACUUGUGUGUCAUCAAAAAAUCCCUUUUAAUCAAGUUAUGCAAUUCAUUGGUAUACAAGCUAUAGUUGAACAUGUUGUGUUUGAAACUAAAAUUCAUUUCAUAGAUUUUGAUGUAAGAAGUGGGGUCCAGUGUAUAGCUUUGAUGCAAGCAUUGGCUGACAGAAAAGAUUGCAUGGUUGAGAUUUUUAAGGUAACAACAAUUGGAUUCAACUCAUGCAAGAACAAGAUUGAAGAAACAGGUAAAAACUUAGCUAGUUUUGCCGAAUCAUUGAACUUUCCCUUUUUAUUUAAAGCCGUUUUAGUAGAAGAUAUGUUAGAGAUCAAACAAGAUGAUUUCGAAAUCGAAGAGGAUGAAGCUGUUGCUGUUUACUCUCCAUAUUUUCUAAGAACUUUGAUUUCAAGACAAGAUUGUAUGGAAAAUUUGAUGAGAGUUUUGAGAUGUAUCAAACCAUCUAUAAUGAUUGUCCUUGAGAUUGAAGCAAGUCAUAAUUCGCCGUCUUUCGUGAACCGAUUCGUCGAGGCAUUGUUCUUCUACUCGGCUUUUUUCGAUAUCGUUGAAACGUGUAUGAGCGAGGAGGACGAGUGUAGAAUGAUAACAGAAGGAAUAUUAUCUGCAGGGAUAAGAAAUAUUGUUGCAACAGAAGGUAGUGAAAGGUUUGUUAGAAAUGUGAAAAUUGAUGUUUGGAGAAGGUUCUUUGCAAGGUAUAGGAUGGUUGAAACUAGGUUUAGUGAGGCAUGUCUUUACCAAGGUGAAUUGGUUGUAAAAGAGUUUGAUUAUGGGAAGUUUUGUAAUGUGGAAAAGAAUGGGAAGUGUUUGAUUUUGGGAUGGAAGGGGACUCCAAUGCAUUCAAUUUCAGCUUGGAGGUUUCUUUGAUGAUGAUCUUCAAUCUUCAUUCAUUUGUGAUAUAUAAUGCUAAGUUCCCUUUUUCAAGUAACAAUUUAGUAAAAUUUGACUUUAUGUAAAAUGUGUCAAGUUAAUGUUUUCAUAUUUGAACUUAUAACUUGUAUGUGUUAUUUAUUUUAUAACUUUACAUUAUAGAAGGUAGGGAUUAUAUUUGCCGGCC